CGGCCGCAGCCUCGAUGCAGACCAGACUGGCAGCCUGGGAGCAGCAGCAGCCCGAAGAUGAAGAGACGUGCAGACUGCUGCAGGACACUGCCCGGGCAUGGAGCCCUCGCCCAUCUCUGCCAGCGCUCUGCAGGAGGGCAGUGCCCAUGUCUACCCCCCUCGCCCAGUCUCUGCCCACUCUGUGCUGCAGGACGUUGCUCGGGCACAGACCCCUCGGCCUGCCUCCACCCACUUUCUGCAGGAGGGCAAUGCCCAUGUCUACCCCCCUUGCCCCGCCUCCACCCACUCUCUCUGGGACGAUAGUGCCCGUGCCUCUCCCCCUCUCCCUGUCAUUGUGGGCACUGCUCAGCGCACGCGGGCACAGCUGAGUGAGAUGGAGGAGCAGCUGGCGGCUCUGCUGGAGGUGGCGGACAGCAUGGAGCAGGACUUCGCCAACACCAAGAUGCUCAUCCACACUAUCGAGCACCUGGGCAGUGCCAGCGAGCCGUUGAACCAGGCAGGCAGUUGCCAACCGCUGCCAGGAGGUCGCCCUGCGGAGGAGACAGCCCCGGCCGAGGAUUCCCCGAGUGAAGGUCGGGGGCACCCAGCACCCACGGGUGCAGACGAGGACCAGCGGGAGGCCGCGGGCUGGUGGCAACGCCGGGGGGCUGCCGAUGACGGGCGCUGCCCACGGGAGCUGACCGCUGGCAUCCCGGGGCGUGGCGGGAGAGCGGGCAGGUUCCAGCCCCUGUCUGCGCCUGCGCCUGCGCCUGCCUUCACCACGGCCCGUCACCCAUGGGUACAGGGGACUCCGGGCACCCACCCACUCGACUCCACCAAUGACACCCUGCCCUCUGCCGCCUAUGGCAGUAACACCGGAGACCAGGAGAGCUCUGCGGACGAGCUGCUGCGUCUGAGUGGCCUGAGUGGAGUCAGCGAUAUCAUCGCCGAUCUACUGCAGGAGGGUCAGCUGUGUGCCCAGACCGUGGGGCUGAGCGAGGGACAGGUGCGGCAUCUGCUCAGAUGUUCCAGGCCACCCAAGAGAGGCGGGCAGGAGCGGAAGGAGCUGCAGGAGUGGAUGCGGGACAGCAGGCGGCAGAGGCAGGACGCGUACCUGCAACGUCGCGCUCUGAAGGGAAGGGAGCGCACGCCGUACGCCAAGGACAAGAGGAAAACGGUCACCAGCAGAGACAUUAAAGAAAGCCAGAAGAAUAAAUCAGUGAAGAAAAGGGUGACCCUGGCUGAGAACCGGCAGCAGCGGGAGCGAGCUGCCCUCAGCCUGAUGAACGACAUGUUGAGCGGCAUGGUGGGGCCGUCCAACACCCACACUCCCCCUCGCAGCCAGAGGGCAAUGAGGACCUCACCGCACACGCAGGGCCGUCCAGGGGGAACAGCCAGGGGCAGCACAGUCCAGUUGCACAAGCGCUGAGCCUCGAUGUCAACGAGCUGGGCUCUGCACAGUCGUGAGAAUUCUGUGCCGGCUGAACAAAUUCAAGCAGAUCGGGGAGCAGCGCUGGAGUGGGAAUCCAUCGGGACCCUUGGAACUAGGUCCAGGAUAGAGCCGAGUGCCACUGCUUGCGAUGUUGUGUUGAUCGCUGGAAUCCACGCCACCUACGGCGGAUAUUUAUUGUACAAUUUUUUACUCUUUCACCUCCCAAUAAAGUUUUACUCUGCACUCCA